AUGAAAGUUCCAAGUUCUGUAAUCUUAACGCCUCAACAAGAUAUCAAGUCUCUCUUGAAGCAGAUCAACACAAGGGACAAAGUUUCAAAAGACGUCCGUAUUCAAGCAUGUCAUGAACUUUUCCGUGGAUUAACAUGUUCAGACUACAGUAUCGCUGACAUCAGAAACGAAAAGAAGGAUAUUCUCGGAGAGUUAGCUGCUGUGAUCCAUCCGAAAUUUGGUAGCCUCGAAGUGAAAAAAUGGUGCGGACGUAUUGCUGGAGUGGUAGGCGCUAAUGUGGUGGACGAAUUCGAUGAGUUUGUGAAAUGGACAGAAGCACAACUAAAGUGUGCAAGACCAGCUGCUGAAGAAGAACAAGCCAUUUUUGUGUCUGCAUUGCAUUAUGCUUUAGUAGAGCUCAAAUCCAAAAGGAUUCAUCUCUCAGAUGAACACGCUAGGAGUGUACUAAAAGUUCUAGCAGAGUUCUUGGAUUACACGAGCUCUCACCUUGUUUUCUUUCCAAUACUUGAUGUUUGUCGUGAGAUGGCUGAGGACUAUCCUACCAUCUUUGACGAGUUUUUUGAGGAAAUUGUUGACUAUCUGUUUGGAUGGGCUCUAGAAUCAUCAAUGCCAUCGUCAGUUCCGAAGAAGUGCCACGAAGUUAUCAAGUACUUGCUGCCUUUCUGGCGCAAACGUCCCGAUUUUGGAAGCCAUCUAAUGUCACAGUUUUUGGAUGACGUUGGAGGUUACGUUGAGGAGUACGAAAAGCACGCGAACCUACGAAGCUGUGUCAACAAAGCUCGAGCUGUUCUUGAGAUUCUCAUAGUGCUGCUGGAGGUGUACGUACAAGAUAGGAACAGUGUACAGAAAUUUUAUUGGGAUAUACUCCAACAGUCUUUGAAGUCGUGCAGCUCCACGCUGGCCCAGCUUGGAUCCGAACCCUCAUUCCGAGUGGGGAUGUUUCUGUCAGAAUAUUGUGCCAUUUUUUCAACGGCUAUUCCACUUGCAGAGUCUCAGCAUCUUCAUAUCGUUUCGCUUUGCGCAUCGACUGUGAUCGAAAUCAUGAACAAGUACAGAACGAAUGAGUCAGCCGUUGUAAACUGUCUCAAAUUUUUCGCUACGCUUUUCACAGUGUCCUCUCUCCCCGCUGAGUUCACUGUUCCUGUGUCAGAGAGGCUUGGUGUUUUGGAAAAGAAUUCACUCUUCCCUUUCACCGUUUCUGGAAGGCCAAAGCUGGCAUCUGCUCUGCUCUCUAUGUUGACAUCAAUGAUGAAUCCUUCCGUGCUACCGUUGCUUCUGGCUUCCUACAGCGCUGUGAGGGAGAAACUAUUAUCUGAAGUCACUUCUCUCCAUACUGGUGACAAUGAACAGAUGAAGUUCGUACGAGAGAGAGAAGCAUGUUUAAUGAUACUGAUUGGAGCGUUUUCGAAGUUAGCAGCGCUGAAGAGCAGUUUGAUUGUGAUGAUGGGUCUUCGUCCAUCACUCUUUCAUCUGCUUCUUUCGGAAAUGCCGCUGACCGAGGAGUGGUUCAUUUCCAAACAUCCGGCCAUUCACUAUUGCUUGCUGCGUGUGAUGCACACCCACGUCGCUGCGCACGACUACUUCUUGUCUAAUUCGGAAUGGCUGGUUCAGAGCAAUUCGCCUAGUUGUUUAUUUGCUCAGGAACAGCUGCAGGCUCUUGCACGACUACUGACGACAAAAAUACAAUGGGAGCCUAGCAGAACGCUAUGUGUGGACUGGCUUCAUGGACUACUUUCUGGAAUCGACAACGCUGCAUUAGCGACUCUUUCUCAUCGUUCCGAAUUUGUGCGCAUUCGCUGGGCAGUGUUAACAUCCAUCAUAAACGACAAGACGAACGAAAAACUAUAUUCUGUAGCGGUACGUUUGAAAGUGCUUUGUGCAGGAGAUAACCAGAAUGCGGUCUCCAUAACAAAAUCUGUUCUUAAUAAGCUGAAAACUUCUAGCCAAAGCGUGGGCAUUGCAGUAUGGUCGAGCAUUGAUAUGCGCACUUACCUAAGGUGUUCACUUUCCACCGCUGGCUGGGAUCAGCUGGAAAUGGGCCAGUUUCGCCUACAAUCUUCUUCCUUUGGAACAGAUGAUUUUAUGUUAAUCAUGAACUUCCUUCUCGACAGAGUUGUACCAUCGAUGCAGAGAAACCAAAACAACGAUGAUGAGUGGUUGGUGGAUACGAUCGAAACCAUGUAUGCAGAAAGGAUACGAGAAGACAGCGGCACUAAAGGAGAUGGUGAGAAGCAGCAUCCUGAUGUCAUGCAGAAAUGGCGCCGUGCUCUCGCUCAUGUCGCUAAUUAUUGCAUUGAAAAUCGAAUGAAGACACCACUCGGAAAGCCUAUGGAUACAUUCAAUAAGAUUGGAGGCGAACUUUUGCGAUUGGCAAAAGAGGUAAUGGUGGUGUCUACGUCUUCAACAAAGCCUUCCGGUCAUCCUCGUAGUAAUACGGUAUCUUCACGCGAUAAGACCACAAAAGACGAAGAGGAUGGAUUGGAUAUUGGAGAGCCAAGGGCAAUUUCUGCGGCUGAAGAGUGGUGGCGUGUACGUUGCCUUCUGGAGUUUGUUGAGAUAUUUGAAAAACUUAUGUACUAUGUUAACAACGGAACGAUGUUCCCAAUUUGUAACGUGUCAGUACUCUCUCGCCAAUUUUUCACCACGAACUUUGCCAGCUGCCAGGAAUGGCUAUCCAGAACCUAUCCGUUUGCGAUGAUCGUAGCCUAUCACAAUGGAUAUUAUGCACAAGUUAUUCGAUUUGGCUCAUCAGCACUAAUCGAUCUCGAGAAGAAACAAUUGAAAGCAGAACAUUCUCUCGCUGAAGGUGAACAUGCUCCUCCAGUCUCUAGUCAAACCAUGGCAAUACUGUGCUGGAUGGCACGUGCGAUGGCUGAACUCGGUGUCGAGCAAGGUGUUCACGGUUUAUCGGCAUGGGUUCGUCGAGUCUACCAUAUCGAGAUGCCUUUUCUAGGUGCUAUUGCUGAAAUAGCUGCUGCCAGAUAUGAGCGUUCAUUGGUGCUCCUUCGGAGUUGCAUUGAAGAUGACACACUAUCAGAAACUUUCCGAGGGAUGCUCAGAGACAUACGUAUUGAUGUACUUUCUCGACUCCGUCAUCCACUUUUUCUGGAUCCCCUGAACUGUCCUACUGAGUUUUCACUCUGGAGUGAGGCAGAAAAGUUGGACGGACAGAUUCCUUUAGGAAUGGAUGCGGAUUCUUUCACAAGACUUAAACAUCUGUCUAUGUAUGGAAAAAUAGAGCCAACUGAAAUAUCACCGGGAGCCUCUUGGAAUGUAGUGGAUACCUCUCAUCGUCUAGAAACCAAGUUGCUGCAGACAUUGAGGAGACCUGAAGUCGUUAGUUUGAGAGAAAAUAUUGCGAGCAUGUCUCGUUUGGUGCUAAUGACUGAUGGUGGACAACGACUACACGGGAGAUUAGCGGCUUUGAACCAUAUCGCUGGAUCCGUUCUUCGAAAGAUGAGUAGGAAAGGACAACUGGACGCUGAACUGAACGCGGCUGUUUUGUCUGAUCUGGCAGCAUCGUUCCUUAUCGACGAUGGUGAAUAUGGCGAUGCCGGUGAACGUCUUCGCCUUGGCAGACAAUUAACGUUGUGGGCGGAGCGGUUAGGAUGUUCUAGUCCAGCUCAUCUUCACUUGCCUCUCGCAAAAUUGGCACGUAAGACUGGGAAUCCUAUGGUCGCAGGUGUGCACUUGCAUAAAGCAAGCGCUAGUCCAAUUCUCAUCAACAAUAAUCCGGUGCUAAACAGUCUAAAAGUAGCAAUACAAGGCACCAAAAUGAUGUGGGAGAUUGCUUCUCCUGAACAACGUGCGAGGAGCUUCGUGACUGUAUUUGCUACUCUUCAAGGCGGUUACGAACUUUUCUGUCAGUCAUAUCAACUGCAAGCGGUUGUGAACAUGGAAGUCCCCCCUCCUUUCGAAGGAAUGAAUGGUUUUGUGAACGUGAAUGGAUUCAGUCCCAUGCCUGUACCAUACGGUGUUCGUCCGCCUAAUGUGGGAGUUUUGUCUCCAUCUUCGUCAUCCGCUCUAGGAGAAGAGAUGUCCCGUACCUGCCUUCGCCUAGCGAACUGGCUUGUGGAUACACCACAACUAGUCGCUGCAAUUCCACCAGAAUGCCGGCAGUCGAGACUUUGGAUGCGUCUGGACUCCGCUGGUCGCGAAAUGAUGGGUAGCGACAUGGUAGGAAGCCUACUAGCGGUUGCUACUGAACUAUCGCCAACUCUUGGGAAGGCCCAUCGUCGACUGGGUGAUUGGGCAUUCCAUUCUGCUGAGACUGCUGCCAACGAGAAAGACAAACUGUUAUUCGACAAAAAUUAUCGGAUGCUGUUGGGAGAAGCUGUUCCCCAAAUAACUUUGGAUGGACUGUGGAAUGCUUUGAAUUCUGCUAAUUCUGUUGCGCAUCUCAGAGAGAACGUAGUUGCAGCUCUAUCAAAUGACUCCUUAAUGGCUGAGAGCCUAUUGGCUGGUGAUAGUCAUUUUUCGAACCUUUGGGCUCAAAUCCGUCAACGGCGAUCAGUGUUCUACAGUCUGGCAAUAUCUUCGUAUUUCGCUUACAUUGCUCAAAUGGGAGGAAAGGCUACAGGUCACAAGGGAACCAUUGGAAGCGUUUCAGCAACUCUGAGGAUACUUGGACUACUAGCCAAACACGCAGAUUUCUUACAUGAUGUCAUUGACCAAGGACUGCGAGGGACGAACGAGCACUUAUGGAAAGAUAUACUACCACAACUGUUUGCCCGGCUUUCCCAUCCAAUUAAGGAGGUUCGAGAGUCACUGCUUGGACUGCUGUCAAGACUCUGUUACUCUGCUCCACAUGCGGUGGUAUUCCAAGCAGUUGCUGGAGCGUCGUCAAGUAUGCUGGUGGAAAAUGACGACGAUGUCAUUGAAGCUUCUGAAAAAGAGGAUGAAGAGAACAGUACGAAGGAACGCUGUUUGAUGUUCGAAGGUUGUCGUGUAUUGGUGAGUGUUCUUGAGGCACAUUAUCCAGAACUUGUGAAAGAUGUGCGGGAGUUUGUGAACGAACUGCAAAGAAUCAACUUGCUCAAUGAGGAAAGGUGGACAUUUGUUUUGGCAAAUCUGGAUCACGAAAUGGAAAAACGACUGGAACAAAUUCGUGCGGAGAGUGAAAAGACUGUAAAUGCAACACAUUUGGAUGAUAAGACUCGUCUAGAGAUCAUUGCUGAGAAAUCACGUUUGAUCACAUCAUCAGUAUAUCGCAUAUUAGAUGAUCUCUACGAAAGAACUUGCUUGCGAGAGCCUACAACACAGAAUGAGCGAACAUUUGUGCAAGUUUAUGGUGAAAAACUGCAAUCGAUGUUUGAACAAUCACGAGCGAACCGAAAGAGCGCGGAGAAGGCAUGGGCUCCGUUUAAGCAUAUGUUGGGAAUCUUGCUGCAAAAGAACUCCCGUCGAGGUGGACAUGCUUUGCAAAUGUCAGAAAUAUCGCCAAUUUUGAGCGAGCUCUCGAAAAGUAGCAUUCCUAUUCCUGGCCAAGAAGACACUGAGUUCAGCGAGGUGAUCACCAUCGAUCGUGUACUGAAGAAUGCUCUAGUACUUCCAACUAAGACAAGACCGAAGAAAAUCGCUUUUAUCGGUAGUGAAGGGAAAGAACACAUGUUCCUGUUCAAAGGCCAAGAAGAUCUCCACCUUGACGAACGCAUCAUGCAGUUACUACAUAUUUGCAAUCUUAUGCUUUCAGACAGUUCUUCCAAUAGAAGUUGGCCACCGUAUUCCGCUCGCCACUAUGCAGUUACACCACUAGGAACUCGAUCAGGUCUAAUUCAAUGGGUUAGCGGAGCAACACCGAUGUUUCACAUCUACAGGAAAUGGCAGCUUAGACAGGCACAAAUCAAGCAUUCAAUGGAACGCAAGACAGGUGUACCAGCAACCACUGCGGCUUUAGACAUCGACAGACCCACAGAUCUGUUCCAGAAGAAGAUGCGAGGGGUUUUUACAGAACAUAACGUUGAAGCAUCCGUGAUUGCUGAUCGAUCGAAGUGGCCACACAACCUGCUGAGAGAGGUUUUCAACUCAUUAGUGAAGGAGACACCAAAGGACCUCAUUAGCCGUGAGCUGUGGAUGCGUGCCGGAAGCUGUGAUACAUGGUGGCGUGUAGUAUGUAGAUAUGCGAGAUCAACUGCAGUGAUGUCAAUGAUUGGAGCUGUUCUUGGGCUUGGUGACCGUCACUUGGAUAACGUGCUUGUAAACCUUGACCGCGGUGACAUUGUGCACAUUGACUACAACAUAUGUUUUGAUAAGGGUCGUCAUCUAAGAGUGCCUGAGACGGUACCAUUCCGGCUUACCCAGAAUAUCCUCCAUGCUUUAGGACCAACUCAAGUGGAGGGGGUGUUCCGUGAAUCGUGCUCUCACGUUCUGUCAACAUUACGAGAAGGUCGAGAAGUACUUCUAACAGUGUUAGAUGCAUUCUUAUACGAUCCAUUGGUGGACUGGACAGUAUCUGAUCACUUGACCGCCUCUUCUGCUGCCGUGGGCGUCGCUGUCACCUUAGCCGUAUAUGGCACAGACUCAAGAGCUGUCGAAGCGAAACCCCUUGCUCGCGAAAUGUUUUCAGUAAGGAUUCGGGAGAAUACCUCACUGUGGACGAAGAACUUUAACGAGCUGCAGUCAGCAUUAGCCAGUGUAACUGAUGUGCUACAACGUGAAAACACGGCUCCGGAGAAAAACGUAUGGAACAAUCGUGAACACUUAGGACAAGAACGAGUUGAUGCUGGACGUCGCCUUAAAGCUUCGAUCGCUCGUCAUCAUCACAUCAUGAAAGACUUUCGUCCAUUGCUGAGAGCGUUAGCCACUUGCGAUGAACGUUUUGCGGUCUACGUACGAACAUAUCGUGAGCGUUUCUCUGAACCACUCGUAAAAGCUCAUCAGUUGUUGGAUGCGGAAUCGCUGGAUUUAGACGCAUGUUUGCGCCAUUUUGCUAUUGUCCAGAACAAUAUUUGCGAUAUCUAUCUUGGCCUACUGUCUUUAAACGAAAACACUCAGUCAGUUCGCCUUCAGUCGCCUAUUGCUCUUUCGCCGAACACCACCAAAAGUGACACACCUGAGCUACCUCCAGGGUUUGAAGACUCCCGUCCACACCACAAACAACAACAAGAACAGAACGUGCAUGCAAGUAAUGUUGUGCGAAGGGUUCGUGCUAGACUAGAAGGGCGAAUUGAGGCAGCUGAUCCCCUGAAGGUCAUCACUCCGAAUGAGCAGGUGGAUAUGCUAAUAAGUCAAGCGACGAAUGCAAAUCUCCUUUCGCUGAUGUACGAGGGAUGGACGGCUUGGGUGUGA